AUGGCUCAUUCGGCUACAGAUCACAGGUACUGCAGUGUGAUGCCAGCUCUGAACAAGUUCUCAUGCUCCAGCGUCGUACCUACUGUCAGCCCCUGCUGCAGGAGCUCUGUUGUACUGCAUCCCACCUGGAUCGCUGAGCCCCUCACCCCCCAAAGGUGCCAAUGGCUUACCCACUGCCUCCCCACCCCUUGCCCAGCUUGGAAGAGGCUGAGCGCAUUGGGGACAUCAGUGGGCUUAGACAGCAACGUCCCUGUGCUGGUGAGAGGGGAACGAGAUGGAUUUUAUUACCAUGCUACAGUAAGAGAGGAGAUAGAGCAGAGUGAAAGAGGCAUGUUUCUGGUAGAGUUUGCCAAACCACUUGUGUCACGUGGAAGGCAUCCAGUGUGUGUGCAAAAAACAUCAAAGGAUGACAUCCUGGAAUAUGUGAACAGGAUGAAGCACUCCUUACUCCCUGGAGACAAAGUGCUGGCACCCUGGGAGACAGAUAUGACCAGGUACGGCCCAGGAACUGUCCUCACAGGAAUUGAGACAAGGGACCCCUUACGAGCCGCAGAAGAUGAAGAAAUUACAGUGCAGUUCUGGAAUGACAAGAAAAUGAAACUCCCACGAGGUGUGGCUCUGUGGAUCCCUCCUAGCCUGUGGGAAAGGGUUGUAGAGAUGAUCCACAUGCCCUUCACCAGCACGAUGAAGGCCAGAGAAAGUCUGGACGCGAACUCUUGUAUUUUUUCCUGCAGUCCUAAAACCGCCCUGACUCCUGUUUGUGCUGUACAUAGCCUUGCCAAGCACUGCUUGCUCUGCUCACCCUGCAGGCCAUGUUUCCACUGUCACCAUGAUGGCAUGUGCUGUUUGUCAGCGUAUGUAAGGUGCCUCUGCUCCUGCCAUCCCCAUGCUGACGCCUGGUGGCCUCUUCCAUCCAGGUCUCUGGUCUUUCAGAGCGAAACUGAGGAGGCAGAGUCCAGCAGCGAGCCCUCUCCAUGCCUUCUAGAACUGGAAGGUCCGAAACAAGAAGAACCAGCAGCUACCACAGUAUCUUCCCCUUCUUCUGAUUCAGGGCGGGAUCUGGAGCCAUCCCCCACUAAAAGUACUGUGGUGGACAGUGCUGUUAACACAGGCUGCGGUUGUCUUGAGAAGCCCAGGCUAAAGGAUUCUGCAAGUCCAGAGGGGAAAUACUGGAAAAGAAGCCACUACAAGUCCCAUCUCAGUAAUUCAGCUCUUGUUUUGGUAACUCAUCCAAUGGAAAACUACCAGAACAAUGAAUUUAAUUUGGGAGCNGGACUCUGCAGUCGCAGCAGCACACAUACAAAGGGCAAGCUGGAAUCCAAAGCCACCUCCGUUGUGGACAUGUCCCACGUUGGCCCGACUAAUCGGAGUGCAAUGUUUGAAACCACUGGGCGGCCUCCCAGAGGUCAACUCACAGUGAAAGAAAUCCUAACAGACCAAGAUUGUAAGCCAUCAUCGGGGGAAGAAGGUUUUGCAGCAUCAGAAAAACAAAGAUAUAAAACAGCAGGAAAGAAAACAGAGUUGGAUGAUAAACAUAAAGUGACUUGCAUAGGAGAUGACAAACUUCACGAUACAGACCAUGUCAGAAGAGGACAGAGAAAAAACAGCAAUGAGCUCACUUGCAACAAAGCAAAGACAGACAUGAUCGACGAGAAUUCAAUAAAUGCACAAUUGAUGAAAUUUAGGAGCUGA